AUGGGGGAUCAUUCUGGACAUUCCGUGAAGCAUGUCGAUACGGAACUUAUGUUCUGGAGAGCAUCAGGGGGCGACAAUCGUGUCCAGAUCGACUUCACCAAUGGGAACCCUGAGGAGGGUCUCAAGGCAAUGCGGGCUCAUGAUCAGAUGCACCGAGUAAGAGUGCAUGACAUCCGAGGCCAGGAAUCCAACUUCACGCUGGACAAAAAUGGCUUUGUAUAUGUGUCACAUGAUAUGCCUGGGGAUGCCACAGAUGAAGAACAGGUUAAAGACACCCUCGUCCCUAAGACAGAGGAACUAGUUCGCCAAAUAACUGGGGCAACCAGGACGGUCACCUUUGCACAUCGAGUCCGAUGCCUCGCGACAGAUGCGUCCUUGCAUGCCAAUAAUCGCGCACCCGCACAUAGCGUGCAUUCAGACUUCACUGCCGAAGGGGCAUUGCACCAUCUGGAGUCCGUUAUACCCGACGAACAGGAGCGGACCCGUCUCCUAGCUGGCCGAGUCCUGAUCAUCAAUGUGUGGCGACCGUUGAAAACCAUCCAGCGAGAUCCCCUUGCAGUUUGUGACUGGAACUCGGUCAAUCCACGCGACAACAUUCCCACGCGGCUGAUAUUGGCUCGUGGCUGGAAUGAACUAAGCCGGUAUGCCUUCAGUGCAGACCAGCGAUGGUACUAUCUGGGCCGUCAGCAGCCUCACGAGCCUUUGAUCUUUACACAAUUCGACAGUGACAAAGGGGUCAGCGUCCCACACUCUGCAUUUGUCGACCCUGAGUUUCAAGAUGGGGCAGCCAGGGAGAGCAUUGAAAUUAAGAUGAUGGGCCGACAUAACAGACGUCGCACCCGUCCUCGUUCACGCAACCGAUCUAUAACUUUUCAACCCGAAACCCCGGCAUCCAUUCAGACACCCCAGAACAUCUUCUGUGAGCCUGUGUCUAUCGACAACUCUCCAUGCACUUCAUGUGGAUCCCCAGCUGUACCCCCCGCCCCGAUAUGGCAUUUUGGGUAUACAGCAUGGCAGACCCGUGAACGCCCAACGGGGCUGGAAUCAGGCCACGAUGAACAAUAUCGUCUGUUCGGCGGAGAGCCGGGUGACGACAUGAGUCUCUGUGAUCGGAUGCUCGAGUACUUUGGCGGACUUGACUAUAUCGAUUCAACAAGUGGCCAUGCCCUUGGAGAUUGA